CACCACUCCACCAGUAAGAACUAAGAAGUGCAGGUAGCUAGUAAGCUGGCGUAGCUUUGCUCUUGCACCUAGCUACUAACCAUGGCCGCCUCCGCCUCUUGCCUUUCUCUUGUGGUGCUAGUGGCUCUGGCCACGGUGGCGUCGGCGCAGCUGUCGCCGACGUUCUACGACACGUCAUGCCCCAGGGCCCUGGCCACCAUCAAGAGCGGCGUCAUGGCCGCCGUGAGCAGCGACACCCGCAUGGGCGCGUCGCUGCUCCGGCUGCACUUCCACGACUGCUUCGUCCAAGGCUGUGACGCGUCUGUUCUACUGUCUGGCAUGGAACAAAACGCUCUCCCCAACAACGGGUCGCUGCGGGGCUUCGAAGUCAUCGACAGCAUCAAGACGCAGAUCGAGGCCAUCUGCAGCCAGACCGUCUCCUGCGCCGACAUCCUCACCGUCGCCGCCCGUGACUCCGUCGUCGCCCUUGGAGGGCCGUCAUGGACAGUCCCUCUGGGGAGAAGAGAUUCCCUAGAUGCAAACGUGCCGGAGGCAAACAGCGACCUCCCAGGCCCUACAUCUAGCCGGACAGAUCUUGAGGACGCGUUCCGCAAGAAGAACCUGACAACGGUCGACAUGGUGGCUCUCUCGGGCGCGCACACCAUCGGCCAGGCGCAGUGCGGGACCUUCAAGGACAGGAUCUACAAUGAGACUAACAUCGACACGACCUUCGCCACAUCUCUCCGGCCCAACUGCCCCCGGUCCAACGGCGACAACAACCUGGCGAACCUGGACACGACGACGGCCAACACGUUCGACAACGUCUACUACACCAACCUCAUGUCACAGAAGGGGCUCCUGCAUUCUGACCAGGUGCUCUUCAACAACGACACCACCGACAACACCGUCCGGAACUUCGCGUCCAACCCGGCGGCGUUCAGCAGCGCCUUCACGACGGCCAUGAUCAAGAUGGGCAACAUCGCACCCAAGACGGGGACGCAGGGGCAGAUCAGGCUCAGCUGCUCCAGGGUGAACUCGUGAUUGACAGACGAGUUACGCACUGCCUACGAGCCAGCACGACACGUGAAUGAAUAAGGCCACAGAACCAGUGGCCAAUAUAAAUACCAGCUCUAGAAAACGUGUAUUUUAUGUACGAGCAGCAGCAAAUCAUGCAUGCAUCUACACAUAUACAUGUAACGAUCGAAUUCCCACUUUCUCAUGCAAAGGCAUGGAGAAUUACUAUUAAUCCUAGUUAUACGUGUAUACAUAUAUAAUGAGAUACUCCUUUUACAUUUGGCAUGA